AUGACUCUGAACGGAAGCUGCAUGUGCGGUGCCAUCGCCUACACCGCCGAAUCUGAACCCCUCAUUACGGCGCUCUGCCACUGCACUGAUUGUCAAAAGUGGACAGGUGGAGCAUUCACCUCCAACGUGGUCGUUCCCCGCGACUCCUUUAAAGUCGUGAAAGGAACAUCCAAAUCAUACGACAUCACCGGCGACAGCGGAAAGAACAACCGCCACUUCUUCUGCCCCGAAUGCGGAUCCAGCCUGUAUACGCAGCUUGAUGUCAUGCCCGACAAGACGAUUAUCAAGGCCGGUGGUCUUGAUGGCGGCGAGGCGGCGCUGAAAAAUAAGGUUGAUGUGGAGUUUUAUGUCAAGGAUCGCGUGCCGUAUCUUGCUGCGGCUGGGGGUGCGAAGCAGGAGCAGCGACUUGGCUAG